AUCGCUAUUUUUGCGGUUUUAUUCGAAGGCAGGUUGCGAAAAGAUGUCUUUCUGUUGUUUCAUUGCGUCCUUCGAGGCUAUGGAGACGAGCAGCAAAAGUUUAUUAAUAGCGUGAUCGAGAAGAACGGUGUGGUUUGGUCACCCUUCGCACCCAGGAUCAUCUGCACCUGUGAGGUCUUCUGAGAAAAGGAAGUACGGGACGGCGCAUUUCACAAGCGACGCACGUAGAGCGAGUAAAAAACUUUGUGAACACUGUGGGGAAAAAAAUGGAAUGAUUCCCAGGCCGGAAUGGAUGUGGAAUAAAGGAUACCUCGGAGGGCUCCUCAGGGAAGGGUCUUUGGAUACUCUGCCAGCUUUGAUAUCUGCCUCCCUGUUGGAUUUGAGUGUGAUGAUGCUAUAACCCAAUGCUUAACAGAGAUAUGGUGCGGAAAAAGAAUCCCCCUUUGAGAAGCUUCGGCAGUGAAGAAGAGGAAGGCGAGGCGGUGGCGGCCGAGGCCACGGGCCCAGAGAGCGGGAACACGGGGAGCCAGGCCUCAGAGCCCGAAGAGCAGGAGGAGCCGUCCUCUCCUGGCCCCAUCAAACCAGACAGACCUGACGUACAUUACUCCGGCCACAACCUGGCAGCGUCCUACUCCAGCCGCGAGGGCACUGAUAGCGAACCGCUGGACUCCGCCAACUCUCCAACAACCUCUGACCCGGGAGAGAGAGUGGACGGGGAGGACGAGCGUAUCGAUCUCAGGCCAAACACACGGUCGGGCGGCGUCAUCGUCAGUAACGGAGAGGACACACACAGCCCACUCGUUUUCCUGGGCUCUGUCAGCCCUUGUGGUGCUCCAGUCGAAGUUAAAGUCCCUCCUGUCACUCUUCAUCCACUGAAGCCGAUCGGGGGAGCCGAAGACGCCCCUAGUCCUCUGGGAGCUGAGACAGGAGCACCUCCACCCACCUCACCCAAACUACAAGACUUUAAGUGCAACAUUUGUGGGUACGGCUACUACGGCAAUGACCCCACGGACCUGAUCAAGCACUUUCGUAAGUACCAUUUGGGCCUGCACAACCGGACGCGGCAAGACGCAGAGCUGGACAAUAAGAUUUUGGCACUACACAACAUGGUGCAGUUCACAGCCCAGUCACAGGCCAAAGACUCAGCGCGCCUCCUCGGCCAAUCGGCUCAGAGCGGAUCCGUGGCAGAAGCAGGGUCGCCCAGGUCCUCCGUACUCAACGGCACCUACGACGUGCAGGUAACGUUAGCCGGCACCUUUAUCGGAAUUGGGAGGAAGACGCAAGAUUGUCAGGGCAACACCAAGUACUUCCGCUGUAAGUUCUGCAACUUCACCUACAUGGGAAGCUCCUCUGUAGACCUCGAGCAGCAUUUCCUUGCAACGCACCCCAACAAGAUGAAGAGUCCACCUCCAUUCAACCCCAACCUCGACGACAAGUCCUCGACUGAGCGGAAGGGGAACUGCGUGCCGCGGAUUGGGACGGAUGAGCAAGGAAAGUGGGCGGAUCGAGUGGCGGUAAGGGCCGAAGAUGACUCUGUUGCUGGAUACUCUGUCCCGAUCCGUGCAUCAGACUCUCCUAGCCUCACUGAAGGUGACGCUCCCGCAGCGUAUUACUGGUGCAAGUAUUGCAGCUUUAGUUGCGAAUCCGCCAGCGCCUCUAGGCUUCUAGAGCACUAUGAGAAAAGACACGGUCAGGCGGCUGUCAGGGAGGGAAGUCCAGUGGAGAGGGACAGAAACACACGUGACGGAAACUCACAUUUACGGAAAAAAGAGAAGACUGGAGCAACAGGCGACCCUGAAACUGUAGUAACCAGUUAUAAUUGCCAGUUCUGCGACUUCCGUUACUCAAUGACACACGGACCGGAGGUCAUCGUCGUCGCUCCGCUUUUGCAUCACUACCAGCGGGUUCACAGCAUUCACAAGUGCACCAUUAAACACUGCCCGUUCUGCCCGCGUGGGCUCUGCACCCCCGAGAAGCACCUGGGCGAGAUCUCGUACCCCUUCGCUUGCCGAAAGAGCUCCUGUUCACACUGUGCUCUUCUUCUUCUGCAACUGACAUCUGGAGGAACGACCCCAUCCCCGUCCCCGCCAGCUCCCCGAGGGUCCGUCACACACCUGUGUGACCAGUGCCCUUUCACCUCCACUGAUAUUGACUUGCUUCUCUUGCACUAUGACAGCGCACACACCUCUCACACCUUACUGGAAGUCAAGCCAGAGGAGGAGGGAUCGGGGGAUGGAGGAGCGGGACCAGGGCGGGAUCAUCCCGGAGAAUACGCCUGCACUAAGUGCCAUUUCCUCACUGAAGUGGAGGAGGAGAUCUUUCGUCACUACAGGAGAGUUCACGGCUGCUGUCGUUGUCGGCGCUGUAGUUUCACUGCCACGGACACCUCGGCUCUGCUGGAUCACUUUAACUCGGUCCACUGUCAGGACCCCACGGAUCCAGCUUCUGCUCCUGCCAACGGAUGCUCGGCCCCUUCAACCCUCCGCAUCAAAGAGGAGAGCAAAGGUGAUCUGAAACUCUAUAGCCUGGUGACCCCAGAGCCCAGCCGAGCCGAGACGCUGCCCGUGAAGAGCGAGGCCCAGGACGAGAAGGAGAAGGGCUGGUUUGAAGGAGUCCGGGGCGGAGAGCAACACGUGCAGAGUCUGGUGUGGGUCCCUAAAGAGCGCGCUGGGGAGAUCCUUAGGGGAAGCCCUGCCCCGUUCCCUCAAUCCACACUGGGUCUUCUGAACGCGGUGACCUCGGGGGUUAAAGACCAGCAGAAGCUUCGAGACUCAUCGGGACUGAUCUUCAGCCUCAGCGCUGAUGCCAAAGCCUUUCUGCCGGGGACGCCGGCGAGCGGAGAGAAAGCCGGACAGCAGUUCCCAACCUCGACUGAGGGCAAAAGCGCCAAGGAAGAGUCUCAGUCACUCCUACGGUCAGUGACUCUGAUUUCCAGCUUCCUCACACCCAUAGAGAGCCGUUCUCCCCGUGUUCCCCAACGUUACCGGCGUCUCCUCAUGCCAGAGCUCAUUACUCCUGGUCCAGUCUUCUCCUGCAUGCUACCCAGAAUCCAACUCGCCCAGCGAUCAGCAAUUAACCCCUCCGAUUUCUAUUUAGAUGUAAGUGUGGCCACGUUUGAUCCCAAUCUGACACCAAGCCUGGCUGUGGAUUCCAGCGUCCAGCACCGCCUGGCCCACAUCAAAGAGACAGGAGCCCCUUUUUGUUCCUUAACGAAUACAAUCUGCCAUUUAAUUUGUGCGCCGUGUCGGAUUAACCGGGCCUCCGAGGAAG